ACGGCCUCCAAGAUUUAAGAUUUGCGUGUUAUUGUCUGACAUUUCAGAAGUGCCCUCGAACAAAUCAUUCGUAUCCCGUAUUUUUCAGAAAUGGCACGUAUGUCUGAAAUGUAACAUAAUGUGUCAAAAAUGUUGAACAGCAGUUCUGAGUGAAUGGAUUUAUCCUCACUAGUGGUGUGUGGUCACACUCACUGCCAUGUUCAGCUGAAAAGGUAAGAUGUCUUUCUGAUGCCCGAGACGGAGCUUAUAAUCUAGUAUAUAUGAUUUCAGUUUGUUAGAUACUAUUAGCAAUUUGUUUAGCUCUAAACGUCUGUCAUUUAGAAACAAAAUGUUAUUAAAUCCUUGUGAAAAGAGAUGAAUAAUACACAUCAUGUAAAUGGUCAAAUUAAAAAAAUAUAUUGAUGGAGAGAUUACCAACCAUAUUGUUGUUGUUUUGAAUAGAUUUAAACUAAAUGCAUAUUUUUUAACAACCGCUAGUGAGUCAUUCAUGUCUUUUCAGUUAUUAUUUGGUUUUAAGCUCAUUUAAAGAAAUGCUUCUGUCUUUUUUUUGUGUUUUUUCAUCCUGGGUGAUCAAAUAAACACAAUGUCCUGAUCAAUAGGAUGUCUGGUGCAAAGAUACUGCUGUUCCUGCAGAGUCUGUCCCGUAGGAAACCUCUGGAGCCCGAAGGAGAGGUGUCCAACUUUCGCCGAUGCCUGACCACCCUGGACCUGGUGGCCCUGGGGGUUGGCAGCACACUGGGGGCCGGCGUGUACGUGUUGUCGGGAGAAGUGGCCAGAACCGUGGCCGGGCCGAGUAUCAUAAUCGCCUUCCUGAUUGCAGCAGUGGCUUCCGUCUUUGCGGGACUUUGCUAUGCCGAGUUCGGAGCCCGCGUUCCCAAGACUGGCUCUGCGUACCUCUACAGCUAUGUGACUGUGGGGGAGAUAUGGGCUUUCAUCACUGGCUGGAACCUGCUGCUGUCUUAUGUGAUUGGGACGUCAAGUGUUGCCAGGGCGUGGAGUGGGACCUUUGACGAUCUCAUUGGGAACGUCAUUUCCAACUCUCUGGGCAAACGAGCUGCGAUGGACUUACCUGGAAUGGCUCCCUACCCAGACUUCUUUGCAGCUGGCCUCAUAAUUCUCUUGGCAGGGAUUCUUGCAUUCGGUGUUAAAGAGUCUGCUAUUGUAAAUAAGGUUUUUACAGCAGUUAACAUCUUGGUGUUGCUGUUUGUUAUUCUCUCUGGAGCCAUUAAAGGGGACAUCAACAACUGGUACAUCGGAGAAGAAUCUUUCCUCGAUGGAUAUGAGUAUAGAAACUACACAUCACUGAAUGCCACAAGCCAGUAUGGAGGUGGAGGAUUUUUUCCUUUUGGCUUCGAGGGAACAUUAGCAGGAGCAGCAACAUGCUUUUAUGCAUUUGUUGGAUUUGACUGCAUUGCGACAACAGGAGAGGAGGUUCAAAACCCUCAGAAGUCGAUCCCUCUCGGCAUCGUGGCGUCCCUGCUCAUCUGCUUCCUUGCUUACUUCGGCGUGUCUGCAGCCCUGACUCUUCUGAUGCCGUACUAUUUGCUUAGUGUUCACAGCCCCUUGCCCGUGGCCUUCACAUACAUCGGUUGGGGACCUGCAAAGUAUGUAGUGGCUGUGGGAUCCCUUUGUGCACUGUCAACAAGCCUACUGGGAUCAAUGUUUCCGAUGCCCCGUGUCCUCUUUGCCAUGUCCAGGGAUGGACUUCUCUUCAGACCUCUCAGUAAAAUGAGUGAGAGGCAAAGUCCCGUUAUAGCGACCAUCGCUUCAGGGGUUGUAGCAGCUAUCAUGGCAUUGCUGUUUGACCUGAAGGCGCUAGUUGACAUGAUGUCAAUUGGGACCCUUUUUGCCUACACGCUUGUUGCCAUAUGUAUCCUCAUAUUAAGGUACCAAGCAGACCUCGGUGAGGAGUCAAGCUUAAGCAAACUAGAACCCUUUUCGAUUACUGGAGUCAUAUUUCCUCCCUUACAAGUCACGCCGAGGACAUCGAAGAAUGUGUCUCUUUUAUCUGUUUCUAUUAUCUUUUCAGCUGUCGUGGGGAGCCUCGUCAUAUCUCAGUCUGCGGACUCCCUGCAGGCCCUCGAGUGGUGGAGUUUACUCUGUGUCUCUAUCAUCAUGCUGAGCCUGGUCUUUAGCACUUUGAUCAUCUGGAGACAACCACAGAACACAACCAAAGCUGCGUUCAUGGUUCCUUUCGUGCCAUUGCUUCCUGUUUUCAGCACGUUUGUCAACGUUUAUCUUAUGGUUCAACUUGGAUCGGACACUUGGAUCCGCUACGCAGGGUGGAUGGCAGUAGGUUUAAUCAUCUACUUCUGUUAUGGUGUUCAGCACAGUGUGCAGAAACAAAGGCUCCAAAAUUCACGAAACCAUGUCAGCAUUCACAGCAUCACCACCACUAUGGAGCAGAAUUUUGAGCCCGGAGAAGAGUUUAAUGGCUAAACAAUGUGACAUGCAGAUCUACUGAUAUAAGCAUCCAGCGGUCAAAUCAUCAUGAAAAGCUCAUGCUGUCAUUUCAUUUUGAAUCACAUGACCAGUAUGCAUUAUUGUCCAAAUGGUGUUUGUGUGUUUUAGAAAGUUUGUUUUAGAAAGUUUGUGUGUUUUAGAAAGUUUUAUACAGUAAAAAACAUGAUAAAGCAUUGGAGUCACAUCCCCCUGAACUGUAUUCUGAUCUUCUUUUCAAGUUGGAUGUUUGGAAAAGUUUGUUAUUUUAUUGUUUUAGAUUAUUUGGUUUUUGAUAGUGAUUCCAAAUGUUGGUCACCCACUUGUAUGUAAAUCACAUUGACACAAAUCCCUGAAUGACUCUCCACGCAGCUCAUGAAUCAGAGGUAAAAGAUCUUAUUAAAUAUGGCUAUUGUAUGUAUGAUUCAUUGUUUUGUUAUCAAUAUACUCAACUUUUUAGAGACAUUACCUCACAUUCAUGCAUUUUUCUUUCACAUAAGACAUAUUAUAUUGCUAGAGGCAGGGAUUUAUUUUCUUUGGCCUUUUUGUCUACUGCAUGAUUCCUAAAAUAGCCUCUAUUGUCUGUCCGGUGUUUAACACAUUUGUAUCACUCCUGUUAUCAUGUAAAAUGUAGGCUAGCAAACUGUUUGGUAAGCCUGUGAAAUAAAAACGACUUUUUAAUUUUGUA